AAGGUUUUGGCAGCAGUUUAUUCGAAAAAGGCUUCAACUACUUCGUAGCACGCAGCGCGUGUGGAUAUCUAUCAAGCCUGAACAAACUUCCCGAAUUCUUACGCAGUUUUAAAAUAGAUCUCGAGGGCAAAUUUGAUCAAUAAAAAUCUCACUUUCGUGUUGCUCAAAUAAGAAAUCAUCAAGAAUUAUAGAAGAUGCCCAUCAUUGGCGAGUUGGUUUAUCCGAAUAUCUACGUUACAAUCCACCUGCGCCCCGGAUUUCGUCCUGUCCGGUUCCAUUGGACUAUCUUCAUCCCACAACCCAACGAGGGAACGCGACAAAGUUCUUCAACAGGCGUCAAGUACCACGUCAUCGAUCUGUCCCGCGAACCGUUUUGGGCCUACGAAGUUGAUUGGAAUUUCAACCUUGGGGAUUGCCUGUCGGUUGGCGCUGCGGUGGUGAUCGGAAAGCUAAGGCGGCCCUGGGGAACAAGGGAGAUACAUGAGCUCCUAUCCACUCGAGUACCACUCAAUGUCAUUCCAGAAAGAGACAUCGGAAGAGAACCAAGAUUUUCCUGCAGAGUUUGGGUCAAGGAGGCUAUCAAGGUGCUUGACUGGCAUGGAGUAUUACAGUGUGACGAUGUGGACGAGCUUGAAUACGAAAUCAAGGCCUUCGGGGAGCGCGUGGUGGCAUUUGCAGAGCAUGGUGUCUUUCGCGGUGCUGAAGUUUACUAUUCCCAAUUCAGUCGAUAGAUGGUGCGAUUAUUCUUCUAGGUGAUCUCGGAAGGAUGCGGGAGUACUGGUUUAUUGCCGCUUUCCCUUUACAAUUUUAGAGGAAUUAGCUAGAAACAUUCAUAUAGAAGUUUAAAAAGGCUACAGCCAUCUGGCGAAACCUCCAUCAUUUCAUUUCUCAUUGCUGGGCUUCGAGUAUUGGUAUGUAUGUUAGUUCAGACAUGAAAUCCUUAUCAAGUCACUUGAUCAAUGCCUCUGUUCACUUGUAAGCCG